AUGUCGCCGGUCCCUGCGCCCGACCCUGCGCCCGACCCUGCGACGUUCGCAUGCCUGCCUUGCGAGAUCAAGCGCCUCUUGCUGCUGCCCGUCGAGCUCAAGACGCUGUCUCGGUCCGCGUGUGUCUGCCGAGAUCUGCGCAACGCCGCAGAGGACGUGCUGCACGCUCGCGCCGCGCUGGCAAAGCUUCCGACAGACGGUGGCUUUCGCGUGCAGCUGUGGCGGCUGUUGCACUCGAGCGCUGCACGCACCAUUGCCGCUGGGGCGUUACACUCCGCAGCAUGCAUCGGCGGCGGGCUCACCACAUGGGGAAUCGACGAGAACCAGCGUGGUUUCCUAGGCAUCGGCCACCAUCACUCGCGCGUGCCACCGACGCGCGUGCCGGUGCCAGCUCCCGCAAGCGAGCGCCAAGAAAUCGUCGCCGUCGCAACCCACUCGCUGCACACACUCGCGCUCACCAAGUCGGGGCACUGCUUCAGCUUUGGAUUUGGCGAGGCGGGGCAGCUCGGCCACGGCGAUGCGGCGACCCUGUGGCGGCCUCGUCUCAUCACUGCGCUGCUGGGCGAGCGCGCCGUUGAUGUUUCUGCGGGGCAGCAGCAUAGCCUCGUCCUCACCGCCGCCGGCGCGUCCUACGCGUUCGGCUCCGGCUUCAGCGGCAAGCUUGGACUUGGUGACCAGCGCAGUCACGCCCUCCCUCAACGCAUCGGCGCGCUCGCGCAGGUCCGCGUCGCCGUCCUCGAGGCGGGAGCGCUGCACAGCCUCGCGGCGGACGAGGGCGGGGCCGUCCACAGCUUUGGGUGCGGCUCGGAUUGGCAGCUUGGCCACGGCACGCGCGAGGACGAGCACACGCCGCGGCCAGUCGCGGCGCUCCUGGGCAGGCGCAUCGUGCGGCUGGCGGGAGGGGAGCACCACUCCCUCGCUGUCGACCACGCGGGGCAGCUCUACUCGUGGGGCGCAGGCGAGGCGCGAGAGCGGACGAGCGGCUACGCGGGAGGCUGGCUAGGCCACCGCGCUGUCGACCCGCAGCCGCUGCCGCGGCCAGUCGCCGCGCUCUGCGGUGUGCGCAUCGCCGCCGUCGCCGCGAGCAGCCGGCAUAGCCUCGCCUUGGCCGACGGCGGCGCGCUAUUCUCCUUCGGCGACGGCGACGGCGGCAAGCUCGGACACGACGACGGCGGCCGCAUGCACUGGGUGCCGACGCGCAUACGCGCGCUUGAAGGGCUCCGCGUGGCCGCCGUCACCGCUGGUGAGGCGCACAGCAUGUGCGUGCUCGAGGACGGCCGACUGCUGAGCUGGGGCUGCGGCGGCGCUCUCGGGCUCCCAAGAGCUCUCCUCGAGACUCCUGAGCAGCCGGCCAGCUGGGCCUCGGCGGGCAACUACGAAUGGGCGCCAGGCGACGAGGAGCGGCGCUGGCAGGCGCACGUGCCAACCCCCGUGGCCGUGGUGGGGUUGGUGCCAGAGCCUACCGAUCCGACGCGUGGAUGA